GUAAACAUUUCAGCGUGAUUUUCACAGAUAUCCUUUUUGGCUCAAUCCGAACACCGGGAGGCGAUUUAUUUUGCCUUUUUGUCGACAAACGCGUGGUAAUAUAUUUUAUUCUUUAUACAGAAAAGAAGAGAACAUAAAGCUGACCGCCGGAGACGUUUCCCUCGGAUUUGCCACUUCCCGAGAGUCUCAUCGACAUCUGGGAUCGGCCGAGACAUGUCUGCCUUAUCUCGUGGAAAACAUGAAAUUCGGAGAUAAAUUGUCAUAAAAAGCGAUAUCGAGAGUGGAAAACGCUCAGGCCAGUCAAUUACAUAAAGGGGGAAAUAUUUUCUCAAAUCAAAUGUUGUUGAGACAGAGGAAGAAAUGGGAGAACACGAGGAGAGUCCGGGUGUGCUCGUAGCCAGUGUGGUUUACGCUUUGAUGAACCAGGGGUACCACGUAUCGAGGAAUGUGAGAACCCAGUGGUUUUUCAAGCAUCUCAACAAGAAGAUCAACCUCCAGCCGAUAAGUGAUAUAACCCAAGACUGUGAAAUCCAGAUUUUGUCUGUUUACCCCCAAGAUCCACCAAGUGACUGGGGCCCAGAAAACAGUUUAAGUUACCAAUAUCUAAUUACAACAUCAACAAAUGUGGUUUAUCUGUCUAAAGUCAGCAAAGCCGUGUACUGUCUGGAUUUAAGCCCCUCGAUAUCAGCCGUGGAUAUCCAGCAUGGGCAGGUGAUGCUUGAUGAAAUUGUUUCGGCUGUUAGGCAUAGUAUCGAAGGGGUUGUCAAACCUUUUUAUGUACCUGGGACUGAUAUUAUUUUUGAGCCAGAUUUAUUUGUCACAGUCAUAGUCCAUACACCAUUUUUCACCACACCAGCCCAACAGGUCUUGGUUCAGGGUUGGAGAGUUACCGCAGAAAAUGUCGAGGAGUUUUUAUCUGCCAUUAUUAAACAGCUAGAAUUGUUAGAGGACACCAUCGCUGAUGUGUCUGCUUUAGUCCAUGAUGAAAUUGAGUCAUUAAGACAAAAACAGGCUGAGUCGGAAAGGCUGGUUGGAGGACUAUUUGAAGAAGUCAAUGACAAACAGCCUGGUCUACCACCGGGUAUUUCCAUGGUCAGCCCUGACUCUGGAUUCAUCAAUUUACUCAGAUAUGGGAUGCUUGCUUUACGAUUAUUGCCUUCAAGCAAUUUAUCGAAUCUUAUAGUAGUUACCGAUGGAAUGAUAACCCUUCCAGACAUUCAUGUACUCGAUUCAGUUUUGACUCAACUUAGAAGCAAUGCAGUAGCUGUCUCAUUUUUGCAUGUCGGCAGCCAAUUCCACCCACAUUCGAGUCAUGGUUUAGUACCUUAUUCAGAACUGAUGCAAUUCAUUGCUUCAGCUACGCUUGGCGCUUAUAUCCCUUCACCGUAUUUAUACAGUCAAGAUAAGAGCAUUGACAUUUAUCAGGAAGCGUUCAUUACCUGGAGCUUUAGGAGAAAAGCAGUUCAAGAGUUUUCAACACCCACACCUCGGCAUGGGGAUUGGAAUAUAAGUAAUCAAGGAUUUUAUGGCAACCGAGAACCACAACUCCUAGUAAAGAAACAGUCUGAAGAUCAUCUUAAUGCCAGUUUGACUAGCAUACUUUGCUGUCGACUCCAUGAAGGGUACAUGAUAAAGAAUGUUCAUUUACGAGGGAAUGAUUUAGAAGUAACGAUGAUGUUACCAUGGUCAAACCAUAUCUACCUGGAAUACAUAAUUACCUCGGAAUGGCCUCCGGUUGCUGCAAAAAAUUUGGUUCAUUAUGUUCUCUCCAUAAAAGCACCUUAUGAAUUUUUGCAUGAUAUCACAUGCUUAAUGAAAAAACCAUUCCAGUCUCCUUAUAGACAAGCGGUUGUGUCAAGGUUUUGGUGUACAUUGAAGACAUUGUCACAUACUGACAUUUUGUUAUCGCAUUUGGAUUCCUUUUCUGAAAAUACAAUGGCCUACACAAUACCUGAUAGUAUAAGGAACGGGAUGCCACUUUUUUAUCUUCCAUCAAGCUCUUCCCCACCAGAGCUGUCUUCCAGUGGUUCUUCAUGUCCACAAUUUGCUCAAUUUUGGCGGCCAGUAGUUGUACUAGAGCCAAGUGUAUGGCAAAAGUGGCUGCACACUCAUAGAUUAGGACUUAUACUCCAACCAGACAGACCUUUGCCAAAUUCGCUGCACACUGUGGCUAACAAUCCAAGAGUUCACGUUCUGCAAUGUCGACAAGCUGAAGCUGCGCUUUAUUGUUCUUUAAAAAAAUUAACAACUUUUGUUUUGAUCGAAAAUCAUUCUUACAUAAAAAUUAUGCCAACUGAUAAUGAAAAGGGACCAAACUGGUUUUAUAUUGUAAGGGUAACGUCAAAACCUCCUUGUGCUGUGAUACAUAUUGCUUUCUUAGGCGGCACCCCAGGAAAUUUGAGGCAUCAGGUUGUGGAAACGAUAAAAGAAGAAAUCAGCAAUUUAAAAAUUCCACAAAGAGCUGACAUGAGAAAGUAUGAUCCUAUAGACACACAAUUACGUUCUGAAGUCGAAUGCUGCACUGUCAUACAAAAACCUUUAGAAAAAAUACUUAUUAGAUAUGAGAGAAUGCCUUGCGAGUUUGGGACGGUUGUUUUUCCAGAUGGCACACAGCCAAUCAGUGCUGCAAAACCUCUCAGACCAUCUAGCACUUUGAUAACAACACUCUCAAGAUAUUUGCAUCACAAAAGAUCAAUUUGGGACGCGCACACACCUUCAGCAUCCCACAAUAACAUGCUUCCAACAAUGUUAACUACCUUAACUAGAAUGCGUUUGCAAGAGGGUUUUAGAUUCGCCCACUGCUCGGCAGGAAUAAUUAACAUGGUCCUAGAAGUUCAAAUGAAAUGUUUUGAUGAUGAUACUCCUAACACCAAUACUGGGCAAAUUCAGCCUUGUAUAAUUCAAUAUGUACUUUUUCCACCUCAUUUAACAAGUUCCAGCAUGAAAGGAAGAAUCAAUAAGAACAAUGAAGAAGCGACAAGUGGUUUAUUAAUUUUUGAUCAGAUCUUUCAAGAAACAAGUAGGGACAAGUUUGGCUCAUCCAGUAACUCUGGUGAUGAAGGAGGUGAUGAAUUAGAGAAUGAACAAAGAACCGAAUUAAUAACGGAAUGCUGGAUCGAGCCUCAGCAUGGAAUUGUCACUGGCAGCCCUUCCAAUCGGACUUACAUGGAAAAUCUGCAUUAUCAUCAAAUCGCUGAUAUGAUAUGGAGAGUAGAUGCUGAAUGUAUAUCCAAUUUACUUACAUUCGAUCAUCUACAGUUGAUGUGCCAUAACCAACAAAUUACCCCACCUUUGGCAUUGGAUCCGUCAUCGUUACAUCACAACCCUCUCGAAAACUGGCCACAUGCUGUUGCAAUUGAAGACAAAAGAAUUCAUAGGAUACCUUUUGCGUACAACUUACUGAACCUACUGCCGAAAUGUCAACAGGCAGAGUUAUUAUCACCUGUAUUCAUCCAAGAAUUAAGUGAUGUUUGGAACAAUAAAUCACGUACUGAUGCACCAAAUAAUCUUCUAAUGGAAAAUCUUCUCACCCAAUUACAAGAGCUUCAUCACCGUGAGUUACAUCUGACUGAACACGAAUCUUCGCAACUUAUGCAACUUAUUAUAAAAAGGGCGAGAGAUGUUGGAAAGCAUCCAGUACCAUUUCCAUCAGGGGUUAACAAAUUUGAUGGAAGAAAGGUUUCUGAUACUGAAUCCACUGAUACAUGUGAAACCGUUCCUGCUGCUAGCGAUUGGGCUAGAAUGAUAUCGUGGGCAAUGUAUGCGUCUGAAGUGACAACCCCUCCUCAAGGAUCAACUGAUGAUAUCAAAACAUCGAAACAAAACAGCAAAAAUCACCUGUGUGAUGGAAAAAAACAGAAAGUGUACAUCCCUAAAUGGCGAUGUUUCGUUAAAAGCAUGGCGUCGACUCAUUGUGUACUGACGUUUAUUCCAGCAUCUUUUCAGGAUCUAAAAGCGCUCAUGUUAGGUUCUGAUAUCAAGAUGUACAAAUUAUACGAGACUACUGAAAAGAAAUUAAACGAUUCUAAAGAAUUUUACAAUCGAGUCCCUGAAUCUUCAUCAAAUCAUGAAUCUUCAGAACAUUUCCAGCAGACUUCAAGUGUCAGCGAUGUCGAAUAUUCAGAUUUGAUGUCUUUCUCCAAAGCUUCAAGCAAAAUCGAUUUGCAAUUUAGUGAGGAAGAUUUGGUCUUUGAAUCCGUAUCUUCUAAAAAAGGAAAUUUAAAAGAAAUGCUUGAACCGUUUAGAUUAAGGUCAAGCUCAUGGGACCCAAUGAAAAAAAAUUCUGACUCGAUCAAAGUUGAUAACAAAAGAGUUCGCACCAGUUCUGUAGGAGCAAAAAUGAAGCCUAUUGGAUUUCAGAAAAGACUACUUACAAAUGAUGGGGACGAUUUUGCAAAAUAUUGUAACAAAAAGGAUGAAAAUUAUAAACCUUGUUUCGGUGCUCUUACUCUUCCGAUUUACGUUUAUGAUUGCCCUUUAUCCAAUCUUGUAGACGCUUUAAUUUUUAAAUCCAGUUUUGAAAGACGUAAUGACAUUUUUCAAAACAAAUCUACAAAAUCAGAACCAGAACAUCUUAUAAACAAAAUGGAUUCUGAAACCACUCCAGAUGAUCUUGAUCUACAACAUCAUUGCAAAGUUAUUACUCAAGCUUUUAACAAAGCCUUUGUCGAAGCUUUGUUUAAAUCGCUUCAUUCAAAUCAUAAAAUAUGCAGCAUAGACAUCCAAUCAGCUGUGGACGAAUGUGAAGAAACUCUGUUAGAGAUUGAUAUCACGAAAUAUAUGCAGACUGUUUGUGGGCAUUGCAAACAUUUAUUAAAAGAGGAUAUGCUUGUUGCCAAUUCUUCUCAGUUUAUACCUUCGACUUGCUUGCCGCCAGAGUUGUUUCCUCUGCACAAGCUCAUAAAACAACGUUUUUUAGAGAUACUGACAGUUUGUUUCAAAUCAGUUCCUACCAGCCCUGAGUAUUUUUUCUGUUGUCCUCCUGUCCAGAUUUCUCGGCUUGCUGAUGUUGGAUUGGAUAUCUCUAGCCACAGGAUUGAUACGCAGGAAUUUGACGGGAUAACACUUCAGUCAAUUGACUUUAGUAGUAACCAAAACAGCAUGAUUGGCGGUUGGGAUCGGCUGGCAUUUGAAUCGACACAAGAUGAUGCCCGUACAUCAUUAUUAUCCAAUAUGGAUUCUGACAGCGUCAGUGAUUACCUCAAUGAAGCCAGUGAUGAAUUAUUUCCGCUUUUUUUACAUUUGGUGUGCUCGAUUCGAUCAACAGAUAAAACUAAAUUAAUCACAAGUCCAGUCAAAAUAAUACCUACAUGCUUAGGAGAAUUGAUCGGCGAUAUAAAAAGAUUGGAACCGUUUGAUUUGGCUAAGACUACAAUCUCUUUGGAUAUGUACUGCUUAACACUUCCACCAGCAUAUCCAGCCGAUCUUCCGCCGGGUAAUUUGAGCACUCAUCUCAUGCAAGACGUUCUCGGCACUUCUUUAGUCCACCAAGAGUCAGCCCAGACCACAGAUCAACAUUUUGUUAACGAGGGGUUAAAAUCUAAUGACAAGCUACAACAUUUACCAAUCCAGCAAAACAAAGCUGUAAACAAGUGCAUUAUUGAGAUAGAAUGGUUCCUUCAGGAUGAAAUAGCGGUUUUCUUGCUUGAUAGCUGUCCUGUGAAUGAAUCGACAUUAAAUUUUGUUGCCAAUCAUGUUAUAAGCUCUGAUGGACGACGCUACAGUUGUAUUCAAAACACGGUUGGGCUCAAUUUUGUUUUUGGGCCAGAACACAGUCUAGAGAGAUUUAUAAAAGAAUUUGCACAAAUGAAAAUCACCGGUUACUGUUUGAAACAGGAAAACGAUUUCUAUUAUUUAGUCAAAAGUCAAGAAACCGGCGAGAACCAGAAAGAUUUCUAUCCAUUUGGGAACACACACAUGCAUGAUGAUUUCAGAAGUUAUUUUUGUUCUGCUAAGAAUUUGGCUGAAGUGAAUAAGAGUGAAUGGACAGAAAUGGACAGCAAAGCCUUCAGCACCAAACUUUCAGUCCGAUGGAUUAAAGAAUUAAACCAGUAUCGAUCUACAAUGCCUAAUUUUUGGCUGAUAUUGAAAAUUUACGAAGAAAAAGUCACAUGUUAUUUUCAUUGCAGGUUCCUUGAAAUUGAUUCAGAAGAAGUCCAGCAAUAUAAAUACAUACACCAAAAUGUAUUGGAAAACAUCGAGUCCGUGUGUAAAAUUGUUAACCAGACGUUACUGUUAAACAGUCUCCAUGAAACCAGGAUGUGUGACGUUUUAUUACAACCCGAAACCGCUGAUGAUUUGUGGAACCCGAAUCAGUCUCUGCCAUUUUUAAAAACUCUAGAGGAUGGUGUCGACAUUGAUAUGAGAGGAAGCUAUGCUGAAACGACACAAAAAUUCCGUCCUGGAUCCUUUUCUUGCCCAGUUGUUUGGCAGACCCAUUUGACUCUUCAUCCUCGGUUAAAAACUGGCCCCGGUAAACCUGGACUUUCGAGAGCUAUUCAGGCGCUGCGGACUGUUCUCAAUAGAUUUUCAGUUAAUAACAGAACCAACAUGUUCGUUUAUCAAGAUAACUCUGGAAGCAAUGUUUUUUAUCUAAGAUUACACGAAAAUAUAAAAAAUUCAUCAAAAACUAUUGAGGAAGAAAAUUCUCCAGGGCCAGUUUCAAGAAGUUCUUCAAUAAAUUCGUUGACUAAUAAAAAGCAACAUGACGACUCGCUAGCUAAAGACUAUAGGCCAAGGUUGAAAUCUUUUGGAGAAUCUAUCGACAGCUUGGUUUCAAAACAAGAAGAGUUAACUUUAAAAGUGCACGGAAUUGCUCCUGCUGGUGCUGAAAUUACAAACGAACUGGUUCAGGUUUUACAUAACAGGUUGGACGAUGCGGUUUUAGAAGUGGUUUCUGUCAUGCUUGCCAGAAACCCCAUGUGCAAACUUUCUCCAGAUGAUGUUCAUUUUAUUCAAAAACCUAACCAUAAAGCUGAUAGCAUUACCCAAUUCACUAUACCCAAGUACGCACAUCAUUCAUUGGAAGCUUUAAUAUUUUACAUAAGGCAGAAUCUUUUGCAGUUUUUAUUUUUGCCUAAGUACAUUGAUAACCGGUUUCAAUUCCAGGACUACUCCCAGCCAGAAGGCUCUCCGAAGAGAAUAUCCGAAAAUAAUAUUUACCUUUACAAUCAAAGCCCUGUGUCUGGAAAUAAAGGGAUUGCAUGUCUUGCUGUGUCGUUAGUUGAUGUGAAAGGCAAUAUACUAUGCGAAGGUGAAUGCAACAAGCCCAUUAAUAUAUUCUGCGAAAAUCAACCUUUGCAUCCCGGUAUAUUUCAUGAAAUCACUUGUACUGAAGUGUUUGAUUCAAGCUGUGAUAAUACUGAAAGUUCGGAUGUAUUAAUGGAAGUCCGUUUGUGGAAGAAAGGCAGGGUCAAUAUGGAGCUUCUGAUCCAAAAAUUAAAAGGAAUCGUUCAGUUUUCUUUAUGGGAUCUAUUAAUGGAAUAUCAUCUUCUAAAUACACCGUUAAAAGAAAAAUGCAUAGAUAAAACUACUGGAGAAGAAUCUGAAGUUAUGAACAAAUUAUUUUAUAAAGAAAUACCUGGUUGGUUACAAUACGGACAUGAACUAAAUGUACCAGCUGUUAAAACCCACACUAUUAAAUUAACUACAAGGCAUGCAGUUACAAUAACGUUGAGAGAAAUAAAAAAUCUAAUCCAGCUACAUGAACCAAUAACGCAUGUUUUUUAUGAAAACAGUGAAAAAACCGGAGCAAUUACCUAUAACGGUGAUUAUGAAAUUCCCUCUAUUUCGACAUGUUACCUCAUUUCGGGUAACGCAUCUUUUUAUACUAACCAACUUCACACAGAACAACGUUGUUCCAUGGAUAGUGAUAUCAAAAAUACCGUAGUUUUACAAAAAUUCUCAGCUUACGUUUCGCCUGUACAUGAAGGAAACCAAUUUGUACCACGGCAUAGAUUUUUAAUUGCUGUGAUAACAAAUGAACAGGUCAUUGUUUAUAUGUACAACUGGAGUAAGGACAGAGUUGAAAAUCUUACUAAAUUACUUACCCAAUUAGGACUCUGGUUGAGUGCCAGAUCAAAUUUUCUUAUAGGCAUUUUAACUCAGAAAAUGGGCCUGUUUCACAACCAACCUUGUUUAAGAAAAUCUACACCACAGUUGACCUGCAUGGAUGGAACUGAGUUUGAAAGUUUAUUGAAUUUUACUCCAGCUUCAACACCAAGAAAGAUACCUUCGGCCAACAUGACAAGCAUAACACAGAUACUAAGAGAUUCAGACCCUAUAAUUAAAAAAAGUACUAGCAAUGAUCCAGUUGUCUCAAGUAUCUAUCAAGUUAUGGAUAUAAGAUCUAAAGACAAAAGAGAACAACAGGAUAAACUUCACAUGAUGUGGCAAAGUAGAGGUGUAACACCAUACAUACCUCUUUCUGAACAUACCCUGGAAUUAUUCUUAUCUUAUUCCAGAUCAAUACAUUAUUGCCUCACACCUCUUCUUUUCCAUCCAAAGUGGAGGCUAGAAUCCGCUGCAACACGGGACAAUUCUCUCCUUCUUAAUACAAGUUCAAUGCGGAUUUUGGAUUAUUCAGUUGAUUUACGCUGGCAUCAGGCGAUAUGUUCCAAUUUUGUCAACGAAUACAAACAGUACUUGCAGACUUUGGGGUACAUCCCAGUACAGACUGCACCAAGCACGCCGCGGAAAAUAGGCAAAUGUGCUCAGCCAGAUGAAAGUACAAAAUGUUAUUUGCAGAAGUCACUUUUAGGUGGGAUCAUCAUGUUAGAAAUAUCCUUACUAGAACCGUUUUUUCAAGUCAAAUUACAUGCUAUUGAAUAUUCAAGGCUCCAGCCAAAACCAACAACGAGCUGGCUACCACAAAUUUUACUUAAUUUCCUGGAUGAAUGUGAAAGAGUAAAAGUGUUAAUACACCUUCACUCAUUCACUUAUGAUUUUCAUCUUCGUUGCUUGCAAUGUUACAUAUCGGGAGAUCCAUCGCCAUUAACUCGUGACUAUCAUCUAACAAGCUUUUUAGACGAUUUUCUUAAAUACUACCCAAAAGCUCCAAAUUUUGCAAGGAGUUUAGCGUCAUGCGGCUCACUCUGUAUUUCAAAUUUGUCGACACCCCCACUUCAGUUAUUUCAUUACCUAUUAAGUCACGAGAAGGAUUACGACAUGGAAGUUGUACGUAUGCUACCAUACGAAUCCAAUGUAGACCCUGAUUAUUCUUCUAGAGAAAAUGAGUUCAUAUUAAUUAAACAAAGCAUAACUCCAAAGAAAGAUAUGGGUGAAGGCAAGCAAAUUGACGAAUUUAAAGUAAUUUCAAUAGUCGCAUUGGAAAAGAGCAGUAUCAAAACUGUUAUCAAAUUGAAUUACUAUGUUAUCCUUACACCUGGGAGGGAUCUUUAUCCAAAGCCUGAUAACGAAUGGUCACUAGGGAAAUUCUGUACCGUCUCUACGACAAAUCAUCUAGUCUACUCCAAAUUGUGCUCGUCUACCCAGUCAUCAGACACGUAUCUAGAUUGUAUACCACAGCAAGAAUUUGAAACUGGAGAAACCGAUGAUGCCUACCUCAUUAGACGAGAAUCUGUAAACUAUUUGGGAUAUUAUUCAUCACACGAACAGCUCAUGCAGCAAUUAAUGAAAUUAGAAUCCUUGAAAGUGCAAAAACAUAUUGAAAUGAUGGUCAACAAAGGUUCCAUUGAUUGUCAAAUUCACCUUUUGUGGAACAAACUUCUGUCGAAUCCCAGCAGUAAUUCGCUGACUUAUUGUGAGCUAUUUGAACUCAGGGAUUUAGCAUAUAUUCAGAAAAUGUUGGACAUGGAUAAACGCCUGAAUCCUAUGUUGCUACAGCCAUUUACGUGGUAUCAAGGCCUAAUGAAAAUUCUGAUGUCAAAAUAUGCUGACAAAUGCAAAGUUUUUGUUUCCCCGGACAGUUUUACACAACAUCUUCUAAUUCUUCACCCCCGAUUUUUGGAAGGUUUUGUUAUGCUCACAUUGGAUUCAGCUAACAGCUUUGGGGAGCUUAGUAUUGUUUUUCGACAUCCAUAUAAAUGUGAUGUGUCAGCAGAAGAUAUUCAUAAUUUAAUUGAAGGUGUCGUCAAUGCCUGCUGUUACCAUUUAUGGAUGAAUCUUCUUAUAUAGUUUUGUUUCAGUCAUUUUCAUUGUGAUAUUAAAUAACGUCCCGGAUAUAUAGUUAUAUUUAAUAGUAUCGUAUUUAAGUCAGUUUUUUUGAGUUUUUGUAUUGUUGUAUUGAUUCGGAUCUCAGGCAAU